CCGGGUGCAACGGGAGGCACCUGGGUGGAGGGAGGGGCCGAGGGAGGGGCGCUGCGGGCCCGGCCCCCCCCAUCCCUGCGUGGUGGCAGCGGCCCCGGUGCGGCGGGGAUGCCGGUGCGGAGCGCGGCGGGCAGCGCCGGGGCUCGCCACGAUGAAGAAGCAUCACUCGGUGCAGGGCACCUUCAGCCGCCUCUUCGGGAAGCGCCAGCCCAGCCCCGCCGCCGCCUCCCUGUUCGCCACCAACCCGCCGUGGAUCUUCACGCAGGAGGUGACCUCGGACAGCGCUGGUGGCACCGGUGAUGUGAUUGAAGUGUAUUAUGGCGACAAUCGCUUUGGGACAAUGACUGACUCUGGCACGGCAACGCUGAAACCACGUCCGAGAGUCCGGCCGCUGCUGACGUUCUUACCCCUUAAUGCCCAGGAAUCCCAUGGGGUGGCUGUGCCAACGCCGUCAGUGCCAGAGGACUUUGAGGAAAAACCAUCUCUUGGAUCUGGCUCCCAGGUCAAUGGGAACUACCGCAUGUACAGCUCGGUGGGGGACCUGCGCCCGCAGGCUCUCGAUGGGGAUGACCUGGAUGAAGAGAUCCCUCCGCCGCCAUCGGUGCCCCCACCACCCCCUCCAACAGCACCGGCACCAGCACCACCAGCAUCACCGGUCCCUCCACCACCCGAAACGCUGCCCCCACCACCACCACCUGAGGUGGUGCCCCCCCCUCCUGCCAUGGCAGCUCCGCCGCCUCCAUCCUCUGCCUUGCCCUCGCCCAGCACACCGGCUCCUCCGGACUUCAUCCCGCCAGCCCCACCGGGAGCUGCUCCACUCAGCCGGGCCCCGGCUCCCUUCAGCACCGGCAUCUCCAAGUGGAAGUCCGAGACAGUGCUAAACACGAGGCAGGCGGAUGCUGAGGGACCGCUUUGCCCUGCCGAGCCUGGGGUCCCUGCUGGCCCUGGCCCGAAGGAGAGCCUGCAGCCCAAGCACUGUCCCGAGCCCCACCUCACCUUCCCCAGGUCCUUCAAGGUGCCCCCGCCAGCCCCAGCCCGGUCCUCCUCCAUCCCGGUGCAGGAGAACCAGCCCAUGGGGCAGGAGCCCUUCCCCAGGCAGCCCCAUGCCCGGCCCCCGCUCCCUCCCUGCUUCACCAUCAGACCCGCAGCCAAGGCUUACGCAGGAGAAGCUGAGCAGAGGCAUUCCCCAUUGAGACAGGCCACCACGAAGCCAACACCCCCACCACUGAGCCCCAAGCCGGGUGCAGGGCUCAGCCAAGGGGUGACUCCUGCUGGUCACCAGUCCCCGCAGCCAGGCUCCGAGGUGGAGAGGGUUCCCCAGCCAAAAACAGCCGAGAAAGCCUCUCCUCCUGCAAACCCCGAGCCUCUCACUGCCAACGACCUGGACCUCCCUCCUCCGGACUACCCGACCGCUGAGGAUGACUGGAGGGAUGCUGCCAACCUGAGCAGGCUGCGGCACGAGCUCUCUGCCCUCCUGCGCUCCCCACGGAGGGAGGAGAAGCCGGCUGCUCCCCAGCCCGUGGAUGCUGGUACCAACCACACCAGCAGCCACGAACCCAGCAUCAGUGUGCCCCAACCUGCAGGGAAGGACGUGCAGUCACCCACAGAAGGGAAGAGUGAGAAGAAAGAGGUGCCCAGCAGCAUCCCCAUUGCCAAUGGUGGCUCUCCCAGCACGGUGCUCCCCGCUCCGGACAGCGGCUCCAGCGCACAGCCCCGCAGCGUGAUGAAGAUCAGGAAUGAGCUGGAGGCUGUGCUGUCCCUGAAGAAAGAAGGGAAACCUGCCAUGGGGCUCAGCAGCCAGAAACAGGGCUCUGAGGAUGGUGGCAGCACCCCAUGUAUGAGGAAGAGCCCUCCUGACCUCAGGAAGAGCCCUCCUGACCUGAGGAAGAGCCCUCCUGACCCAGGUGAACCAGUGCUGCCAAAACCAGCCCCAAGCCCGCUCCCAGUGGAGAAGGAUGAGACGGGGCACGAGGACCACCCCGCUCCUGCCACAAGCAAGACCACAGAGAACUCGACCCCUUCUCCUGAGCCCCUCAACAGCAGCGUGAGCCCCCCAGACCCAGCUCAGGGCCCUGCGGAGGAGCCCCCUGCUCCCACCCCAUCACCCCCUGUUUCUCCUGCACAGAGCUCAGCACCGCAGCCCGAUGUACCCAUCUUCCAGUACAAGGUGCACCGGGCUGGGGCCAGCUCAGCCGAGCCACCCUGUGCCUCGAGCCCGGCUGAGCCACCCGGCCCCAUGGGCUUGUCCAGGAGCCCCUCGGGAGCAGGGCAAGAGGAGGAGCUGAUCCACCCGGUGACGGGCGAGCGCGUGGAGCCGGGGUCCCCCAUGGCUCUGCUGCUGGCAGCCCGGCAGCGCGCCCAGCGGGGCCGGCAGGCGGGUGAGGUGGGAGCCGUGCCACGGGCCAAGCUGCCCCUGAAACCCAGCAGUGCCUUGUCAGACACCGCCUCCACCAGCUUCUACCGCCACGAGUCCAAGCCUGGCUCCUUCACCGUGGUGCCCCGGCCGCCUGCGGUGGGAACAGCGGGGUCGGGAUGGAGCAGACCUCCAUCCUUCUCCAGCUCCUCGGAGCAGGGCCGGGAUACCCGCGCCGCGGGUGAUGCGCAGCCAUUGAGCAUCCCCGGGUACCGGCGGGCUGAUGCUUCCAGCCUCCUGCGAGGUCUCCUUGAGCCAGGGCAGCGGAAACAGCCCAUCCCAGCCCGCCACAGCGUGCGCAGGGAGGAGGAGAACGGGGAGACAGUGCUGGACUAUGGGAUUAUCCCCCCACCCCCUGAAUUCAGCAAUGAGGCGGAUGAGACCGAGGGGCCUCUCCCGAGCCGGGAGGAGAACCGCAAGUGCCCCAGCUUCCCCGACUGCAGCCGGGGCUCGGAGCCCCCGCGGUAUUUCAGGUGGCCCGGCUACGGCCGCAACUAUGGGGGCAACCAUGAGCCCCCAGCCCUGGAGCCGAGCAGGGGGAGCAGCGACGUGGUGCCGCAGUACCCGGAUUACAGCAGCUCUGCCGGGUACAUCGGCCGCUGCCCCAACCCGCGCCCGCUCAUCAAGAAGCGCCUUUAUGUCUCCGAGCCCGACAGCUCCUACCCCCGGGCUGCUGCACCCCCCCGUGCCUCGGGCACCCUCUCCUCCUAUGGCCCCGGGGGUUACAGCUCCUCGGCCGGGGACAGCAGCCGUCGUCUCGGCUCCAGCCAUAGGAACGGCCCCACAAGUGGCCAGGGCCGGAGGACGUCCCUCGAUGCCGCUGGGAAAGCGGCUCCGUACGGCAGCACCGAUGCCAAGUACAAGGGGCAGAAUGGGGAUUUCUCACCCCCCAGCGUGGGGGCAGCCCCCAGACCUCUCCAUGGCACCUCGCAGUACAGCGGACCUACCAACACCUUCACGGUCAGGCCUGGGGCCCGGCAGCCCAUCUCCUACACCUACCAGAGCGGGCACCGAUAGGCUUGUCCUCAGGGCUGCUCUGCCACCUUCAUCCGGCUGGGGAGCGAGAAGAAGGCAUCUCACUUGGUCAUCUGCUUCUCUUUGGGGAUGGUCCCAACCCAGCCUGGCAAACGCACUGCUUGAAACCACUGAUGGAGAAGGUGGGGAGUGAACCUGGGACCUGGACUCUUCUUGGAUGACUGUCAUGGAGAGUAGUUACUACAGAGGCCAAGCUGCUGUCUCAUUACGUGAGCAAACAUGGUUUUCCUUCUCCUGUUUCCCCCCAACUGUAUUCCUGUCAAAAUUGCAGACUGAUAGGUCUCCUAAGAAAGCCAGGAAGUAUCCUGUUCUCUUUAAAGAGCAUCACCACUGGAGAGAUGGUUUUCAGUUGAGUUUUUCAGUUGGUUUAAAUCAAAAUGGUCAGGAAAAGGGAGAAACCAACUGGAGAUGUGCCUAACGGAUGCAAGCUAAAUGUAGGGGAAUUAAAGUUAGAAUGUGAGGCUGAUCGGAUGGAAAUGGAGUUCAGGAUGUCUACAUCCU